AUUUGUCUAAAUUAAUUUUUUUAAAGAACAAAAUGGGAUGCUAAAUUCAGAAAUAGCAAUAAAAUCAAUCUCAGUUGAAAAAGUAAAAAGAAAAGUCAUCAAUACAAUAAUCAUAGAAAGAUAAUUAAUCUAAAAAACAUAUUACAAACUCACCUCCAUCCUAUUCAAAAACCUAAUCUCCUUUUUAGAAUCCCAAAGAGUUAACUCAAAAAUAGUAGAUAAAGAUUCAAGAAGUAAUUUUUAACAAAAAGAAGACUUUGAAAUAAACAACCUUAUUGAAAGUUGAUGAACAAUAUAAAUUUUAAUAAACAUUGAUUGGACUAAUAAGAGGAUGAC